GGGAGCACCUGCGGAUCUGCCCACAAGGUUAUACCUGCUGCACCAGCGAGAUGGAGGAGAACUUUGCCAACAAAAGCCGAAGUGAAUUUGAAGCCAUGAUGAAAGAGGCUGGUCGCUCCGUGCAGACGACCCUAACAGCACAGCACAGAAGCUUUGACAGUUAUUUCCAGGAUUUGUUGAACAAGUCGGAAAAGGCCCUUUAUGAUGCUUUUCCAAGCAUGUAUGGAGAACUGUACACUCAAAACAUGAAGGUCUUCAAGGACUUGUACAGCGAGCUACGCCGCUAUUACCGGGGCUCCAACAUCAACUUGGAAGAGGCCCUCAAUGAGUUCUGGACACGCUUGCUGGAGCGGCUCUUCAAGCUGAUGAAUCCCCAGUACCAUAUCACAGAUGAGUACCUGGACUGCAUGGUGAAGCACGCGGAGCAGCACAAACCCUUCGGGGAAGUUCCCCGGGACCUGAAGGUGAAGGCGACCCGAGCCUUCAUCGCGGCACGCUCCUAUGCGCAGGGCUUUCUCGUGGGCAGCGACGUGGUCAAAAAGGUGUCUCAG